AUCAAAAGAGGUCCGCCAUGUUGGAUAAUUACUCCCAACUAAAAAUUGACUGAUCUUAUUUCACCGAAUUAUUAAUGACCAACACCAACAACAAUUGUUAUGUGAGCAGAACGGACAUAAAACAAGGAUGAUGAGUGAAGGAUCGAAGACUGGAGCUUGCUGAGGGGUUUGUGACAAGAGACGCAAGAGAGGAAUUAGUAGUAGGGGAUCCCGCGGAUUGUACGCCCGCGAGGGUUGAGUAAGUCGGUUUUAAUAGCCGGCCAACUACUCGCAGCUGCCGCUACUCACUUGCGUUCCACCCCAAACUCUCAACAGAGUGUAUGUGUCUUUGGCCUUUUCUUUGCCCGAUUUAACGACGGGCUGCUAUGGAGAUUUAGGGGAUUACGGACGUGUAUAAAAAAGUAUUUAUUGAGGAUUGAGAAGUCAUGACAUGAGACGAGGGCAUAAAAGUCAACGAAUUGAGGAAGCUUGUGUAAAUCAUUGGUUUUGAGUGUAAGUCACUUUGCAGUUCCUCGGGGGGAUGAUAAAAUGAAAAAUGUGCUGGUCCGGUGUAAGUGUAGCUGGUGGCUGGUGGCUGGUAAGACGGACAGGAUGAGGAAUAUAACUGAGUGAGGUGAGGUAUGAAACUCAGGUAUACCCAAGUGCUUAUUAGGUUCGACGCUCGAGAAGUUGAGAGAGAAGAAGGUGCGGGAUAAGUUUGGCCCGAAACUUAACGACGUAAUGAACGUCUGACAGAGGAUUAUUUAUUGGCGAUGGAAGAAAAAAAAAUAACCCGGCAAAAGGAGUAACGGCCGCGAGGAUCUGAGGGAUGCGCUGCUGAGAAGAACAAGUAAGAGGAGAAGGAGCUACAAAAAGGAUAAAACAACAACGGAUUUUUAAAAUGGGCCUUAGGUAAGACAUCCGACGGACGAGUUUGGACCCGUGAAUUGUGUACGAGCGCAAGAAGCUCAGGAUUGUUGGAGAGAAAACAAGCGCGAGCAUGUCGCACUGCCCCAGAUGUGAUGCCGAGCCUUAUACAAGCGGCAAGAGACACUUCUUUUGUCUGCCAGCAGGCUUUCCGAAAUCGUCGAUGGAACUGCAGUAACAUUGAACGGGCGCCUUACUACACGCCAGAGCUGCUCUCAGGAACCCGAGAGCAAGCAUUUGUCUACGCGAUGUCAGCAGCGGCGGCUGUCUGGAGACUGGCACGUGGGUGUGCUCUGGGAAAUUUGGCGGCCUGUUCUUGCGCGACACCACCUCGUAGAGAACCACCGUCACCCUCGGCACUUAUUUCCUCGAGCUCGUUCAUCUCCAGGUCUGCGUCUUUCGAUGCGAUGUCCGCGAGAAACUCAUUCAAAUGGGGCGGGUGCGGGGACGACGUGAGAUCAGCUUCACGUAUGGCCAAAAGGUUUCUCCAAGGUUCCAGUCCAACUGGUUCUGGCUCCACCAGCAAGUUUUUGCACGCUGUCAAUAUGCACAACAAUCGCGCCGGUCGAAGGGCAGUAGAGCAAUCGUUAACGCUGGAGUGCAAGUGUCACGGUGUAUCAGGAUCAUGCAGCGUAAGAACCUGCUGGAGAGGACUGGACUCAAAAGGACCAGCAGCUGCUGGCGUACGGCUCUUCCGCAAGUAUGCCACCGCCGCAGAAGUAAGACCAAAGUCGGGGAGUCGUCUGCCGCCGCUGUAUCAUCAUGAUAAUUUGUUGUACACGACCAAAAGUCCGGACUACUGUCUACCAGACAAGAAAAGAGGCAGUCUAGGCACUAUUGGAAGACAAUGCAAUGGCAGCAGCGCUGGAUACGAAGGCUGUGAAUAUCUCUGCUGCGGUCGCGGGCAUGUCACCAAGACACGCGAAAUCCUCGAGAGAUGCGAAUGCAAAUACAUAAGCUGCUGCUACAGUGUAAAGUGCAAAACCUGUAAAAACACCAUCACCACUUACGAGUGCAAUUAAAUUUCACUUGAACACUCCCUCAUUACUCACACACUCACUCACUCUCUGAUUAAUUAUAAAUACACUUACACAGCACACAAGUGAUACUACGGACGUUUAUCAAACGAUUCAUUAUUUCAUUAAUUUAUAAUUUUUUAAAACAUUCGUAAGGUUCAAGUAUAAUUAUUCAUUUAAACAAUUAGUUUUUUUAUUUUUAUUAAUACCGUACUUGUACCAAAUCGUUAUUUA